AUGGCAGAUGUACGAAGUGAGAGAAAAAAAGAGCAUUUUGGUAUUUUGCGGCUGGAAAGGAUUUUGAAUUGUUUAAAGUGAAGAUAAAGAAAACAUGGAAACUAAACUGUCUGCGAAAGAAAUUCGACAAAAGUUUAUGAAUUUUUUUAUUGAAAGAUAUGACCAUCAAUAUGUGCAUUCUUCAUCAGUUAUUCCUCAUGAGGAUCCAACUUUGUUGUUUACUAAUGCUGGAAUGAACCAGUUUAAACCAAUAUUUUUGGGAACAGUAGAUCCUAAUAGUGAUGCUGCAAAGUAUGUUAGAACUGUUAAUACGCAGAAAUGCAUUCGUGCUGGUGGGAAGCACAAUGAUUUAGAUGAUGUAGGCAAAGAUGUUUAUCAUCAUACCUUUUUUGAAAUGUUAGGAAAUUGGUCUUUUGGAGAUUUUUUUAAGAGAGAGAUAUGUCAUUGGUCUUGGGAGUUGUUAACUGAAGUAUAUGGUCUGGAUAGCAAUCGCCUUUAUGUGACAUAUUUUGGUGGAUGUGCAGAUCUGGGAUUGGAGCCUGACUUGGAAUGUCGUGACAUAUGGAAAGAAGUUGGUGUUCCAGAAGAUCGUAUUUUGCCAUUUGGAAUGAAAGAUAACUUCUGGGAAAUGGGGGAAACAGGCCCCUGUGGUCCUUGUUCAGAAAUUCAUUUUGAUCGUAUUGGUGGGCGUGAUGCUAAACAUUUAGUAAAUGCUGAUGUACCAGAUGUUUUAGAAAUUUGGAAUUUAGUGUUUAUUCAGUUUAAUAGAGAAAGUGAUGGCUCAUUAAAAUUAUUGCCUAAAAAGCAUGUUGAUACUGGUAUGGGUUUAGAAAGAUUAGUAUCUGUUAUACAAGAAAAACCAUCUAAUUAUGAUACUGAUUUGUUUUUGCCAUUGUUUGAUGCUAUUCAAAAGGCAACUAAUGUAAGACCAUAUGAGGGACGAGUUGGAAAGGAUGAUACUGAUGGAAUUGAUAUGGCUUAUAGGGUUUUAGCUGAUCAUGCAAGGACAUUAACAAUUGCUUUAGCUGAUGGUGGACGUCCUGAUAAUACUGGAAGAGGGUAUGUUUUAAGAAGAAUUUUACGAAGAGCUGUAAGAUAUGCAACAGAGAAGUUGAAUGGCAAACCAGGAACAUUUGCAAGUUUAGUACCAGUUGUAGUUGAAUUAUUGGUAAAUUUUUAUUUUUAUUGAUUGUUAAAUGAGAAGGAAGAAGAAAAAGUUAAAAUCAUAUUGUAUGAGAGAUACCUGUAAUUCAAUAAUUUAAUAUGUUUAUUAAUCAAAUNCAUCAUUAUUAAUAUAUAUAUUUAAGGUGAUAUUGCUUGGAGGCUUUAUGAUACUUAUGGAUUUCCGAUUGAUCUUACACAAUUAAUGAUUGAAGAGAAAGGUCUUACAAUUGAUAUGACAGGCUAUGAAGUUGCUAAGAAACAGGCACAGUUAGCAUCUCAAGGUAAAGUAGAGGGACAAGAAGACAACAUAAAAUUAGAUGUCCAUGCUAUAUCUGAAUUACAACAGAAAGGAAUUUCUCCCACUUAUGAUUUACCUAAAUAUAGCUAUGUUGCAUUGUAUGAUGACAAAAAUUCAAAAUAUGAAUUUGAGGGUUGUACUGGUGAAGUUGUUGCUUUAAGGAAAAACAAAAUGUUUGUGGAUGAAGUAAAUAAUGGUGAUGAAUGUGGUGUAAUCUUAAAUAGAACUUGCUUCUAUGGAGAAGCAGGUGGACAAAUUUAUGACAUUGGAUUCAUGGUAAAGGAAUCUGAUGAAGAUGUUGAGUUUAAUGUAAAGGAAGUUCAUAUACAGGGAGGUUAUGUUGUUCAUAUAGGCAACAUUGGUGGAAAAUUAGCAGUUGGUAAUCAAGUAAAAUUAUUUAUUGAUGAGGAAAGGAGAAAAUUGGUUAUGAAUAAUCAUACAGGUACCCACAUUCUUAAUUUUGCUCUUCGUAAGGUUUUGUCAUCUGAUGCAGAUCAGAGAGGGUCUCUUGUUGCUCCUGACAGAUUGCGGUUUGAUUUUACAAAUAAGGGUGCUAUGACAGUUAAUCAAAUUCAAGAAACAGAAAUGGUUGCAAAUGAAGUAAUUAAUAAGAAUCAAGAAGUUUAUGCUAAAGAGUGUCCUUUACCUCUUGCUAAAGCCAUUCAAGGAUUAAGAGCAGUUUUUAAUGAGACUUAUCCUGAUCCUGUGAGAGUUGUGUCUGUUGGCAUACCUGUAGAUGAUCUGAUAGCUGAUCCCUGUGGUCCUGGUGGUUCCACUACAUCUGUAGAAUUCUGUGGUGGAACUCAUUUAAAAAGAAGUGGUCAUAUUGGUGAUUUUGUGAUUGCAAGUGAAGAAGCAAUUGCCAAAGGUAUUAGAAGAAUCGUUGCUUUGACAGGACCUGAAGCUUCUAAAGCUAUCAGGAAAGCUGAAAUUUAUGAGCAAGAUGUAGAAAAAAUACAAAAAUUAGUAAAUGAUAAAAAUAGAAAAAUUUCUGGAAAAGAAAUUGUAAAAAAAAUUGUUGAACUUACAGAGGAUAUUUCAAAGUCAAAUAUUUCAUACUGGAAGAAAGAAGAAAUGAGGAAUAAUUUGAAAAAUCUUAAAAAACAAUUAGAUGACAUGGAACGUGCACAAAAAGCUGCUAUUUUACAAGAAGUGGUUGAAGAAACUAAAAAUAUUAUUCAGAGUAAUUCCAAACUAAAAUUUAUGGUUCAUGAAUUAAAAGCUUUUGGCAAUGCAAAGGCAUUAGAUGCAGCUUUGAAACAAGUAAAAUCUCUAUCACCUGAAACCUCAGCUAUGUUUUUCAGUGUGGAUCGUGAAACAGGAAAAAUUAUUUGUCUUAGUUCAGUACCUAAGGAGGCAGUGGCGAGAGGUUUAAAAGCAAACGAAUGGAUACAGCAAAUAACUGGCAUAAUUCAUGGGAAAGGUGGCGGAAAAGACGAGUCUGCCCAGGCCACAGGUUGUAAACCUUCCGCUCUUUUAGAAGCCAUGGACGUAGCUAAUCAGUUUGCUAGGUUAAAAUUAGGACAAGAUGAAUUACUUCUCUGAGGAAAAAAAACAUUCUAUUUUUCAGAAUUGUGUAUAGAUAUGAUUUAAAAUUUUUCACAGAUUUUUUCCUGAAAAUAAUGAACUUGUCAUUCCAAAAAACACCACGGAACCAAAUCGCUGAUAUUUAAUCUUUUUUUUUUAAAGGAAGUUAUGCCAAUAACUUAUUGCUUUUCUAUGGAUUAAAAAUCUUCUGAAAAAUGA